AAUCACCACUCCAAAAAAAAUCUAAACUAAUCCCUUUUAUUAAACUCUUUCCUCAAUAAUUUAAUCAGCCACCUACAAAUACCCCCACAAACAUCCUACCCUUUGGAGCAGAUCCUCUGGUUGUCGGAGCCUCAUCAAUCUCACUCAUUCUCACUCGCUCCUUGCCCACGACGCGCACGGCCACGCCGCCAUGGCCGCGGCCGCGCUGCUCCUCCUCGCCGCGGCCGCCGCCGCCGUCGUGGUUGCCAUGGCGCUCAGAUGGCUCCUCCUCCUCGGGGGCCCCGCCGCCGGGAGGCUGGGGAAGAGGGCGCGGAUGCCGCCGGGGAGCACGGGCCUGCCUCUGAUUGGCGAGACGCUGCGGCUCAUCUCGGCGUACAAGACGCCCAACCCGGAGCCGUUCAUCGACGAGCGCGUGGCGCGCCACGGCGGCGUGUUCACCACCCACGUCUUCGGCGAGCGCACCGUGUUCUCCGCCGACCCGGCCUUCAACCGCCUCCUCCUCGCCGCCGAGGGCCGCGCCGUCCACUCCAGCUACCCGUCCUCCAUCGCCACGCUCCUCGGCGCGCGCUCCCUGCUCCUCACCCGCGGCGCCGCGCACAAGCGGCUCCACUCCCUCACCCUCACCCGCCUCGGCCGCCCCGCGUCGCCGCCCCUCCUCGCGCACAUCGACCGCCUCGUGCUCGCCACCAUGCGCCAGUGGGAGCCCGCCGCCACCGUCCGCCUCAUGGACGAGGCCAAGAAGAUCACCUUCAACCUCACCGUCAAGCAGCUCGUCAGCAUCGAGCCGGGACCGUGGACCGAGAGCCUCCGCCGCGAGUACGUCAAGCUCAUCGACGGCUUCUUCUCCAUCCCCUUUCCUCUCGCCUACUUCCUCCCUUUUACCACCUACGGCCAGGCCCUCAAGGCGAGGAAGAAGGUGGCCGGUGCACUGCGGGAGGUGAUAAAGAAGAGGAUGGAGGAGAAAGCGGAGAAUGGUGGCUCCAUUGGGGAUGAUGAGGGGAAGAAGGAGAAGAAGGACAUGGUGGAGGAGCUUCUUCAGGCGGAGGGUGGCAGCUUCUCGGAGGAAGAGAUGGUGGAUUUCUGCCUUUCUCUGCUGGUGGCUGGGUAUGAGACUACGUCCGUGCUCAUGACGCUCGCGGUCAAGUUCCUCACUGAGACGCCUGCUGCGCUAGCUGAGCUCAAGGAAGAGCAUGCCAAUAUCAGGGAUAUGAAAGGGAAAAACCAACCAUUAGAGUGGAGCGAUUACAAGUCCAUGCCAUUUACUCAAUGUGUGAUAAAUGAGACACUCCGUGUGGGUAACAUUAUUAGUGGAGUAUUCAGGCGAGCAAACACUGAUAUUCAUUAUAAAGAUUACACAAUUCCAAAGGGAUGCAAGAUUUUUGCUUCAUUCCGAGCUGUGCACCUUAAUAAUGAACACUACGAGAAUGCUCGGACAUUUAACCCUUGGAGAUGGCAGAUCAACAAUAAACUUCAGAAUGCGGUAGGGGCCAAUAUAUUUACUCCAUUUGGUGGUGGACCUCGGUUGUGUCCUGGCUAUGAGCUUGCCCGGGUUGUCGUUUCUAUCUUCCUCCAUCAUCUUGUAACGCGCUUUAGCUGGGAAGAAACCGAAGAAGAUAGACUUGUCUUCUUCCCCACCACACGAACUCUCAAAGGAUACCCUAUCAAUCUUCGGCUGCUUUCAGAAUCAAUUUGCUGACGUUAGAUUGUUUUGCAGCUGCUCUUAUCUUGGAAGAAAGACUAAACAUAGAUAAAUUUAUAGAAAAAUAGUUCUCGCAUAGGUAGUGCAUUUCCCUCUUUUUUGUUGAUCUGUAACCUGGUAUGUAAACAGUAGGCAGCAGAGUUGUGCUGCUUGUAAAAUGACCUAAAAUGCUGUGGAUACCGGUUACAAGCAACAUUUUGUUGUGUACUAGUAGUACUUAGCUAGUCCUAUCAUCUUGUCGUUUAUAUGGCUAUCCCCUACAGUAUCAUCAGCAAGAUGCUGUUCUAUGAGCAACGGGGAAAGGUCACAUUCCGUUUCCUCGUUCCACUGUGUUUGGGUGGCAGUCUUUGUCAUACCACUAUCAUAAACUGUUAGCCCAAAAUCACUCGGUAUCAAUCUUGAACUGUUAGUGAUUUUUUUUGCUA